UAUAUAUAUAUAUAUAUAUAUAUAUAAUGCGGAAAUAUCUAACAUAAGCACAAUAAUAUAUUCGACUCGGAAAUGACCUAACGCGGAGCCAUACAAACAAAGAAGAAGAAGACUCGGAAAUGCAGAGCCCGGAAAUGAAGGCAUUUUUUUGUCGCAUGUGAACCUUAGAACAUUCUAAGAUGUGAACUACACUAUUUAAAACUUGAAACCAUGGUACUCUACAUCCUGCUAGGAUUCAUAUAGAAUAGAAUAGAAGAAGAAAAACGUUAUCAUAUAACAUUAGCACUGUGUCGAUAUGCUCUGCCCGGAGACAUAUGAUUUCAAACCACCGCGACACUAUGUAUCCGUGGAUAAGAGAGAUUUUACAAAAACAGACAUACCUUCAGUGAUGGGCACUCAUUAUUUCAAUCAUUCGAUAUCUGUGGUGCUUCCCGACACCGUUACCGUUCCCGAUACUUUACGGAAUUGUUUAUCCGAGGACACAGAUUAUUAUCGGAUAAAUGCGCUGCGUGCCUGCGAUCUUCUAAAUGCAGAAUUUAUUGAAGCUUUUAUUAAGAAAGGAGAGGUCAGCCUUUUGACGAUAGAAAAUAAAAUAGAUUUGCAAAAUUCUAUUUGUAUAACUCCAACUGGAUACUUGCUACUUUCUUUAGUAACUGAAGACUAUCAAGCGCUUGGUUUAGAAGGAAAAGCAUCUUCCUUUGAUCGUAAACCUCAUAUACGUUAUGUAGUAACAAUUAAUCUGAAAAAUGAAAAUUUUGUUCCUGGUAACAAGAACUAUGAAAGUACUCGAAUAGCAUUAGAACGACUCAAACAGAGUUUUGAUGUUGUAGUAUUGUGGGAUCCACCAAGGAUUGAUUUAUGCCCAUCGUCGAUAGCAGCAUGGUUCUACACGCACAAUUAUGAUGUUUGUCUCUGUCGUCAGACAUGUUUUCAAAGGGCUAAAUAUUCAAUAGUAAUACCCACUCUUCAAGAAGGAUGCAAUUUGGAUACAUUUUUUGAAUGGCUUGGAGUCUUUAGCAUUGGUGGUGAUCUAUCUAACGGAAAAAUGGAUAACUAUGUAAACACAUAUGAGUGCCCUCCACUUUCUAUAGAUAUUGGACAAGUACAGCAUUUGCAAUGCACAGGGUUCUUUACACGAAAGAAGUUGCACGAGAUCUAUAAUAUAUUGAAAGAAUAUGUAUUAUUACGAAAAACUUUACCAUGGGUUAGUUUAGACAUACAAGGAUUUGCAGACAGCCCUAUCAGCUGGGAUUUAAAAGAGCAUAUGUUUUUCACUGAUGGAGACAAUAGUUACACUAUCAUAUUUCGACCUACAGGUGAAUCCAUUAUACGAAAAAGUCUCAGCUCUAAUAAUAAGCCCAGAACAAGUCAAUAGAUCUUAAAUAAAUAAUUUAUAUUUGAUAAUUUUAAUAAGAAUAGAGAGCAUUGUGGAUUAUAAGAUUAUUUUUUUAAAUAAAUUGCUAAUUGACAAAAUUCGAAAUUUGUAUCGUAAUUUAUUUUAUCACGAAGAAGAGAUAGAGUUGAGUAGCUACAAGUCAUGCAUUUUUAUUAAUAUAUAAUAAAAUACUAUGUUAUAUAUUAAUAAACAUGAUAAGUUGAUAACACAAAGGGACAAGAGGUGCGAUGAAAAAUGAUAAAGACAAAUAUAGAAUAAGUACUUGUCUUUAGAGAAAGUAAUUUUAGAUAUAUAUAUUUAUGAAAUUAUAUAUGUAUCUAUGUAAUUUAUUGCACAAUCCGUCCUAUGUAAUGAAUAAAAAAAUAAUAAAAAAAGUCAAUAUAAUUCUAUUAUUUUAUUCUAUAACAUUCGAUAUUUUCAUACACCGCUUGUCUUCUUAUUAAUUGAUAUUAACAAUAUAUAAAUACUACAUGAGAUUAAAAUUAUUGUAAAUACUAAUUUUACAUUUAACCACAUAUACAUUUAUACUAUACUGACUGUCUGAAGCCUAUUACAAGAUAAAAGAAUAUAGACUUAAUGUCCUAUUAAUUAUUUUGCAACAUAAUAGCGUACUAUGCAUCAGUAUAAAGCGCUUUGAUGCUUAUAAAUAAAUCAAUAUAUAAAAAAAUAAAAGAUACUAAGAUACACUUGACUAUGAGAUCAAAGCAGUCUAUUAUAUGUAUAAUAAAAUCUUUGGUUCGAGCAGGCAUGUUUUCAUAAAUAGUAUAGCAAAUAUUUUUUUUUUUUUUUUUUUUUUUUUUA